GCAUCAUGGAUGUGAAGAUCGGGAAGAGAAGUUAUGACCCAUUAGCAUCACAAGAAAAACAUGAAGAACAGAUUAGCAAGUAUCCUCUGAUGGAAGAGAUCGGGUUCCUGUUACUGGGCAUGAGGGUGUACCAGAUCGACCCAGACAGAUACAUUACUCAUGACCAGUUCUAUGGACGCAGUCUCGGAAAAGACAGCAUUAAAAAUGGCCUGACUAGAUUCUUCCAUAAUGGUCAAGAAUUACGGAGGCAUGCAGUUUCUCUGAUCAUCUCUAAAAUCCAAAGCAUUCUCCGCUGGUUUGAGAGCCAGACUCAGCUGCAUUUCUAUGCCAGCUCUCUGCUGAUGGUGUAUGAAGGCUCUCCACACACAGUCAAUGGAUCCAAACAUAAGCCUGCUGAGCCAGGAACAGAACAUCAGCAGGGGGAGCCACAGAGCAACUCUAACAACUCCCAUGAGGCUUUGAGCUUUCAGAGCAGUUUAACACACAGUCACCCGUACUGCCACAAUGUUCAGCAUGAGAGGAACGCCAACGGAAAUUGGAAUGGGCGAUAAGAAGCAGUUUGGAAAGGAGGAGGCAGUGGAGGUGAAGAUGAUAGAUUUUGCUCAUGUAUUUCCCAGCGAUAAUCCGGAUGAGAGCUACAUGUAUGGACUGAGGAACCUUCUCUCAACUUUAGAACAAAUACUGAAGGACUGACAUCUGACCUCCUGAGAGAGUCCAUCUCUCUCUCUUUCUUCCUGGUCUGAUAUUUCUGUCUGUUGUUUUAAAUCCAUUGCAGGUCAUUUCACACACAUUCACAAAUAUUGCUGAUGCCUUAAAUUGGAUAGUAGGUUUAUUAUAUAUUUAUAGGGAUAUUUUUCCUAAUCUUUUGAGAUAAGAGUUCAUUGUAUUAUGAAAACAUACUGUAACUUUCAGAACUCAAGUCUCUGGAUAAAAAAGGCUGUCACAGUUGGCUGUCAACAUCUAAUAAUUUACAAAAAAAUAUAGGUACUGCAGAACUCAGGGAAAAGUAAUCAUAAUUUAUGAUAUGAUAAAGCAGUUUAUCUGUGCUGUCAAAACACACUUACAAUGUGAGUUACUGAUAUCUCAUAAUGACUCCACUUCUGAUGCAACUAUUGAUGUUUUUAUUCCAAAAAUGCACUUUUUUGAUUUCAAAGUUAAUUAUAGUUAAUUUAUUUUUAACAUUUGUGUUUACCUUAUCUUA